AUGAUGUCAGCAACUGCGAAGGACACCUCAAUCUUUCAGCUCCUUUCGAAGACAUUCCACAACCGUGCUUCUCAAAUGGUGGUAACACCGACAACGACGGAGAAGCAGCAACAGAGUCUAUCAUCAUCUCAAGAUUCGCAUAAUACUUCAUGCUCUAGCCAAGCAUUCCACGAAACCGGGUCCGAUUGGGGAAGCAGAGAGCAUUUUCUCAGGCUUGCUCAUGUAUUCCACACGAAUAACUACUGA